ACUUGUCUGGGCUGGUUCGGGCCUACGAGAAGCCAGAAGUGUUUUUGUGUGUAUGUGUGUGUGUGUGUGUUUGUAUGUAUGUGCCUGGAGACACAGCCAAGCAAGAUUUUUGCAGCUGGCAGGUCCAUUUGUUCUUGUUUUCCUGGAGCUCCGUGUGGAAGAUCUGCUGCUUGCUGGGCUUGACGCCUGGGCUUGUAGAGAGCUAGAAUUACUUCUGAAGGAAGAAAAGAAAAAAAAACUUCAGGUAAAAAGAAGCAGGCAACUCCGGAUCAACUAGAGAGCAUCAAAGAAAAAGAACCAGCAGGACGAUGAUGGCGAUGGGAACAUUUUUGUUUGUUUUGCUGCUUGCUCUGCUGAUUCUCCUCUUCCUGAGACAACUCUGGACUCAAAGACAUUUGCCUCCCGGUCCUUUGGCUCUACCUCUCAUUGGGACCUUGGGGGCUGACAGGAUUUGGUUUCAUGAAGAUUAUAUCUUUAAGCAUGUAAAGCGAUAUGGACAUCUAUCUACUUUGAAGGCUGGACCUAACCUUCUAGUAUUUCUAUCUGGAUUCAAAACUGUGAAAGAAGGAUUGAUCAGCUUCGCAGAAGAAUUUUCUGACCGACCAUAUGAUCCUUUAGUGGCUCCUUUAGGGAAAGAAAGGGGAAUUAUUUUUUCCAGUGGCCACACCUGGAAACAGCAGAGACACUUUGGCAUCACUUCUCUGCGGAAGCUGGGCCUGGGAAAGAAAAGCAUUGAGCACCAAAUAGAAGACGCUGCUCAGACAUUGGUAGAGGCCUUUAGACAAACAAAAGGACAGCCAUUUGACCCUUCAUUUCCUGUACUAAAUGCAGUUUCUAAUAUCAUAUCUGCUUUGAGUUUUGGACAUCCAUUUGCUCCUGAGGAUGAAAACUUCCAGAAGUUAAUUCAAGCCCUUAAUUUUGUUUUUAAUUUUACUGGUAGCAUUUUCCACUUGAUGUAUCGUUUUUUCCCACAAUUAAUGAACUACCUCCCAGGCCCUCACCAGAAAGCUCUGGCUUCUAGGGACUUUAUCCUUUCCUUUGCAAAGCAGGAAAUAGAGAAACACAAGGAAUUUCACGCUCUGCAUGAGCCACAGGAUUUCAUUGAUUACUAUCUUCUUCAGAUGGAGAAGAGCAGGAAUGACCCCGAUUCAACCUACAGUGAAGAGAACCUGGUUCGGUGUAUUUGGGAUUUUUUUUUUGCUGGGACAGACACGACUAUGGCUACUCUGAUGUGGGCACUGCUCCUCUUGACCAAUCAUCCUGACAUCCAAGAGAAAGUCAAGAAGGAGAUUGAAGAUGUGUUUGGCUUCUCAGGGUCAAUUUCCUAUCAGGAUCGGAAGAAGCUGCCUUACACCAAUGCUGUGAUUCAUGAAAUGCAGCGUGUAAAAUAUGUCUUGCUAAUUGGGGUUCCCAGGCAAAGUACAAAAGAUGUGAAGAUGAGGGGUUACCACAUUCCAAAGGGGAGCAUUAUUAUCCCAGACCUGCGCUCUGUUCUUCUUGACCCUGAACAAUGGGAGACACCUGAAGAAUUUAACCCAAAUCACUUUUUAGAUAAGGAUGGGAAGUUCAUUGAACGGGAAGAGUUUCUGCCAUUUGGAAUAGGUCAACGUGCAUGUGUGGGACAACAGCUGGCAAGAAUUGAGAUCUUCAUCUUUCUGACCAGCCUGUUGAGGGCCUUCCGCUUCCGGUUGCCUGAAGGAGUGAAAGAACUCAAUGAAGCUCCUGUCAUAAAAGUGACAAUAUAUCCACACCCUUACAAAUUUUGUGCUAUUCCCACAAAGGUUUAAACAUAAACAAUAUAAAAAGCAUAAAAGUAAUUUUGGAGUAGCUAUUCAAUAUAAUAAAUGUUUCCUAUAUACCUA